AUGUUCGAAUGUGGCACCUGUGACUUCGAGUUCCACUACCGAGAGGAGUGUGACGCUCACAUGGACUAUUACGAUCAUUGGGUGGAAUGCGAGACCUGUGACCGGCAAUUUCGGACCGAGGAUAGCUGUGAACAGCAUAUGGAUGCGGUCAAUCAUUGGGCACCGGUCUUUGAAUGUGAAACGUGCACUCGUACUUUCUUUUCCCAGCAUGCUGCUGAUCAACAUAUGGAUGCAGUUGGCCACUGGGAACCAGUAUUUGAAUGUGAAACGUGCACUCGUACCUUCUUUUCCCAGGAUGCUGCUGAUCAACAUAUGGAUGCGGUUGGCCACUGGGAACCAGUCUUUGAAUGUGAAACGUGCACUCGUACCUUCUUUUCCCAGCAUGCUGCCGACCAACAUAUGGAUGCGGUUGGCCACUGGGAACCAGUCUUUGAAUGUGAAACGUGCACUCGUACCUUCUUUUCCCAGGAUGCUGCCGAUCAACAUAUGGAUGCCAAGCAUCAUUGGGAGCCGACAGUUCCCUGCGAGACGUGUCCCAAGAUGUUUCACACUGAGGAAGCUGCCGAUCAGCAUAUGGAGUCCCAGGGGCACUACAAGAACUACUGCGUGGAGUGCGAUCGGCACUUUAUGAAUGAGAACUGUCUUCGCCAGCACCUGAACUCCAAGAUUCAUCGCGGUACUAAUCUUGUGUGCCCAUUUUGCGACGCUCACUUUGUCACUGCUAAUAGCGUCACCCACCACGUCGAAAAUGGCACCUGUCCGAAGGCUGACAAGUGGAACCGAGAGACAAUCCACCACAUGAUGCGGCGCCUCGACCCUAAGGGGCUUGUCACAAACAAGCAGAUUGGAUGGCACAACGACCAGAAUGUACGCUACUAUGCUACGGAUCGCGCCUUUGAUGGUACUAGCUGGGUGUGCUACCUGUGCCAGAAGGGUUUCAAUUCAAUGACCGGUCUAAACUCGCAUCUCAACUCGCCAGUCCACAAGGAGAAAAUAUAUCAUUGCCUCAACAAGCGCGGUGGUUGUGAUAAAGAGUUUGUCUCCCUCGGCGGUUUUUUCAAUCACUUGGAGAAUACCAAAGGGUACCUCUUUCCUACGGGCCCCACUGAAAUACCAAUACCUCACCCUUUUCCCCCACUGACACUCGUUCCUCUCUCUCCUUACCCCGGAUAUUCCCCUCCUCCCCGGUGGUCCACCAUGAAGCCGACAGACAAGCACUUCCGCUGUGAUAUUCUGGGCAGAAACCCUAUGCCUGCGUAUUCUGCGAAACCUCAUUCGCGCGCUGUGACAAUCUGCGCGUCCAUUACACCGAUUGCGCCAGGCGUGGAGAUCGCGAAAUUCCCGAGACGGGUCAGAGGGGUAGGCGGCGACAUGCCUGUCAAUCGCUUCACGGAAAACUUUCGACUUCCCCCACGCAGUGAUCGUAGGCGCAGUCUCAACUACCAUAAUAUAAAUGGAUUCGAGCAAUCGCAGGGCACCGAGGUUCCAUACAACUUCGAUGCCGCUCGGCCAGAAUACGGCGCUGGGUCCACUGUUUCAGACCCUGUCGCGCCGCAAUUCUUCCAGGAUACAUUCCUGGACUUUUUCCACGGCCCUUUUGGUGAUGGAAAUAAGGCCACGGAUAACUCUUAUCAUGCCGGUGAAUUGAGCUACCAGUCCGCCAUCCCUCCAGGGCAGAAUUCUACUACAUUGCCCGGAGAUCCACCUAUCUUUGAACCGGAGCGACCAUUCGCAACGACAUUAAUUCAUUUAAUAUUGACACAAGCGUGGCAGGUCCCGCUUGAUCCUAAAGCGCAGGAGGAGUUAUCUACCAAUCUCAACUUUCUAUUGACCACUGCGCGCAUACGAAAGUACAUUGCGCUCUAUUUCAAAUACUGGCAGCCUAGCUGUGCAAUGCUUCCUAUGUCUUUCGACCCGGAGACAGUUCCCCUGCCGCUCUUAGCCGCGGUAGUCUUUAUGGGCGCAAUGUACAGUAACGACCAGAGGGAAGUAUACGUCGCUAAGAGAGUGCUAGAUUUUGCAGAACUAUCCAUCUUUGCAAAUGAUGUGUUCUCGGCAGAGAGCGAAAUCAACGCCACGUUCUCAGGCAGUCGAUGCUUUGACGAGGGAAUAGGCGACUGGGAUUGGUUUCAGAAAUUUCAGGCCGGGGUUAUCAUCACCAUUGUCCAAUACUGGGCGGGAAGCCGUGUGUCACGAAAUCGCGCAAUGGAAAAUCGAUUUGGUCAGGUUGUGAAGGUUGCUCGACGAAUCGAACUUGUCAAAGUCCGUCACCUUCCCGAUGACCAGGUCCUAGAGCACUUGUGGAUACAAACGGAGAGUCGUAUCAGGACUAUUUCUAUCAUGUCGCUGCUCGAUUGCGCGUUCUUAUUCUUUCAAAACUUCCCCUGUCGCCUAACAUUUACUGAAAUGGAAUGUGAUCUACCUUGCCAUGAAUCACUUUUCUUCUCCGAGCACCCGUUUGCGGAGCCAAACUUUCGCUUUUCGCGCGGCCUCAAGGUUUCGGAGGCCUUCGAACAUUUGUUUGACGAAACACCCGAGUCUAAUACAAUCGAUCUCACUGCUUUAGACAUGUUUAUCUUGAUUCAUGUUCUAUUCUCAUUUAUUAACAACCAUAUGACGCUUCUCGGCUCUUUCAUACGCAUGAGAAAUUUCAAGGAUCCCAGAAAGAGUGCUGGGAUUGGCGCAAAAGACACCACGGUUCCUGAAGAUUCAAUCCUCAUUGCCAUCCGGACUGCUCUAUCCCGCUGGCGUAAUUACUGGGUCGCACUGCGCAAUAGAAUGACAAGUGACGAAUGGGCAUCAAUGGGGUUCUAUAAGAAUGGGUAUAACUUUUGGCUAGUAUCGCAACUGCUUAUCACUAGAAAGGAUGCCGUUGAUGUGGUGAUGCAGAUGGAAGUGCACUGCGAAGAUAAGCUGGAGAAGCUGAAAGUGUUGCUGCUUGAUGACCAAGAAGAUGUUUAA